UUUAUGAGAAAACUCACAGUCUCCAAAGAAGUAAAGCAAAACAAAGAUGGAUAUGGCAACGGUGGCACCCCAAGCUCCAUUGACUGCUGAAAGAAGGAUUGGAGCUGACCUCGAGGAGAAGUUAACCAAACCCUAUUUGGGAAGGGCAUCGGCAGCUGUGGACGUGGAUCAUCCACAAGGAACAGUAGGACGUGACAGUAAAGGAAUGAGUGUUCUUCAGCAACAUGCUUCCUUUUUCGACCAAAACAAAGACGGAAUCGUUUAUCCCUGGGAAACUUACAGAGCUUUGAGAAAUCUUGGUCUGGGUCGCUUGGAAAGCUUUUUUGCUGGAAUCAUCAUCAAUAUAGGGUUGAGUUAUUCCACACUCGAGGGAUGGAUACCAGAACUGUUUUUUCCCAUAUAUAUCGACAGAAUCCACAAAUGCAAGCAUGGCAGUGAUUCUGCAUCGUAUGACACUGAAGGAAGGUUCAUGCCAGUUAACUUUGAGAACAUCUUCACCAAGUAUGCUCGAACUGUGCCCGACAAAUUAACAUUCCAAGAAGUGUGGAAGAUGACUGAGGCUAAUCGGAACCAAUACGACUUCCUUGGCUGGAUAAUCUCAAAGGGGGAAUGGACGCUUUUGUAUCGAAUUGCAAAGGAUGAAAAUGGUUAUCUAGCAAAAGAAGCUGUAAGGGGAUGCUUUGAUGGGAGUUUGUUCGAUUAUAUUACCAAAAUGAAUAAGGCUAAGAGGAAUUAAGGCCCACUCAUUGAAGCACUGUGUCACGGACUGUCAGCCCAUGACCGAUGCUAGCAGGAGUCUAGCCCGUGACAACUGCAUGUUGCUUGUUUGAAUUAUGUGUAUUUGAGCUAAAGUUAUCCAAUGUAUUUGAACUAUGGUUUCAUCCUUUUCAACAAUAAAUGGAUUCGGUUCUAUUUUAACUGUA